UUUUAGCGUGUGGAGGUAUAUUGGGAACGGGCGGGGGGAGCGGAUGGGGCUGGCUGCGUAACACCUGGAAAAGAGGCUCGAGCACCGGUUCCUGCGGCCUCAGAGCAGCCCUUAUUUUCAGUAAUAGCUUCACGUAUUGAAUACAACAAACCGCCUUGGGGCUCACGGAGUUUUUAUUCGUAGCCGGCCUAUUAGAAUUUUUUACUUGGUUUAAAGAGAACACAUGCCUGUUUCAACAGCAACUGUAUUCACUGCCAUAUGUGCUGAGGAAAGCUGGUAAAUUUUUCCAUAACCUUAUGGAGAAAAAGGACUUUGAAGCAUGGCUUGAUAACAUUUCUAUUGCAUUUCUUUCUCUGACGGACUUGCAGAAAAAUGAAACUCUGGAUCACCUGAUUAGCUUGAGUGGAGCAGUCCAGCUCAGGCACCUCUCCAAUAAUCUAGAGAUUCUACUCAAGAGGGACUUCCUCAAACUUCUUCCAUUGGAACUUAGUUUUUAUCUGUUAAAAUGGCUUGAUCCGCAGACCUUACUCACAUGUUGCCUCGUCUCUAAGCAGUGGAACAAGGUUAUAAGUGCCUGUACAGAGGUGUGGCAGACUGCGUGUAAGAAUUUGGGUUGGCAGAUAGAUGACUCUGUUCAGGAUCCUCUACAUUGGAAGAAGGUUUACCUAAAAGCUAUUUUAAGGAUGAAGCAACUGAAGGACCACGAAGCCUUUGAGACAUCCUCUUUAAUUGGACACAGUGCCAGAGUAUAUGCACUUUACUAUAAAGAUGGACUUCUGUGUACAGGAUCAGAUGACUUGUCUGCAAAACUGUGGGAUGUAAGCACAGGUCAGUGCAUAUAUGGUAUCCAGACACACACUUGUGCUGCAGUGAAGUUUGAUGAACAAAAGCUUGUAACAGGAUCUUUUGAUAACACAGUAGCCUGUUGGGAAUGGAGCUCUGGGGCAAAGACACAGCAUUUCAGAGGACAUACUGGUGCAGUUUUUAGUGUGGAUUACAAUGAUGAACUUGAUAUUCUGGUCAGUGGCUCUGCAGACUUCACUGUGAAAGUGUGGGCCUUAUCAACAGGAACGUGCCUGAAUACCCUUACUGGACACACAGAAUGGGUCACUAAGGUCGUUUUGCAGAAAUGCAAAGUCAAAUCUCUCAUGCAUAGUCCUGGGGAUUAUAUUCUCCUAAGUGCAGAUAAGUAUGAAAUUAAGAUUUGGCCUAUUGGAAGGGAAAUAAACUGCAAAUGCUUAAGAACACUGUCUGUUUCUGAAGACCGCAGCAUCUCCCUACAGCCCAGGCUGCAUUUUGAUGGUAAAUACAUAGUGUGCAGUUCAGCACUAGGAUUAUACCAGUGGGACUUUGCCAGCUAUGAUAUUCUCAGGGUUAUCAAACCUCCAGACUUCUCAAAUGUGUCGCUGCUGGGCUUUGGAGAGAUAUUUGCUCUACUGUUUGACAACAGAUAUCUGUACAUAAUGGACUUGAGGACAGAAAAACUGAUAAGCCGCUGGCCUUUACCAGAAUAUAGAAAGUCAAAGAGAGGUUCAAGCUUCUUGGCCGGUGAAAUGUCUUGGUUAAAUGGACUAAAUGGCCAAAAUGAUACAGGCUUGGUUUUUGCCACCAGUAUGCCAGACCAUAGUAUCCAUCUGGUGUUAUGGAAAGAACAUGGCUGAAAAGCUCACAAAUACAGAAUCUUCAGGAACUUAUGGCCUAUCAGCAGUGUCCAUAAAACGAGACUUUGCAUGAACCAAAGUUGCACAUCCAAUGGUAUCAUCAUGCAAUGCACAAUCAGUUACUUUAUUUGGGCAUUUGGGAAUGGGUUGUUUUGGAAAUAAUGCAAUGCAGCAUGCUAUCAGUAUUCACCACAAAUUUUUGUCUAUAUUCAUGUUUAAAUAUACCUAUUUGGGCUCUGAAGUAUAGCUUGUAAUGUUUAAACCAUUCAAAUCUGCUACCAAGUCUGAAAUCAAGUUCUGCUUGACCUGACUUCUGACCUUUUAUUUUUGUUGAAACAGAAAGUGAAGCUACUGUUUUAGAACCAUAGGCUUUUGUACAUCUAAUAGCAAAUACUGGUCGCAGUGCUUGGCUGCUUAACAAAAAUGAGAAAACAUCAAACCCUCUCUCUCUCCAGAAUCUUUCUCUUCAAAAUGUUUUUCCAUAUGAUAGCUUUAAAUACUUAGCCUUUGAAACAGAAGACUCAAAACGAGUCCUUUAGCAUAUAUUUGUCCACAUAUUUUUAUGCUAUUUGACAUGUACUUAAAAGCUGUAUCUACAUCACAUGCUUUAGAAAUGCUUUAGGUUGACCUACCUUCCUUUCUGCCUUCCUGCCUUCCCUCCCUCCCUCCCUCCCUCCCACCUUAAUGUCAUUUUUUUUUACACAACUUGAAAACGUGAGUUUUCAUGAAAAUUGGCUCAAGCCCUUGAAAAGACAAAACUGUCUAGCAUUACUAGUGUGAUUUUUUUCUUCCCACUAUUCAAGGAGACCUGAUUUCAUACUUAAUACUGAAGGAAGGCCACGAUUCCCAAAUGCGUGUGGUAUGAAUUACACCAGUGAAGGGGAGUUUUCAUAUGCAAGAAUCGGUAUUUGAGGAUGCCACAGGAGUUGCUUAAAGUCACAGUGGAGUAGUCUCUUAAAUACAAGGCCAGACUCUUAAGCACUCAGUUUUUCCGCCUUUACUCACGUCAAUUUACUUUGAAAAAUGUUGUCUGUACUCAAGGAUUUUAUCAAUUGGAAGCCAAAUUCACAAUUCUCAAUUCAAACUGCACUGUGUGGAGCAUAAAUGAUGAGCUCAGAAAAGUGAGCUUUUGUUGUCUCACUCCUAAGUGAAGAAAGCUUCCGUGAAAAAGAAUGUUUUCAAUAACUGAACUUCAAUAACUUGUCUUGAAACCCAGUUCUCAUCAUUCCUAAUGUGGGAGUAACACAACAGUAUCAUUAUGAUGUGUGCUUCUGAAGGAACCACCUAUACAGGACUGCAUUAACUUUGAAAGAUUAAACAGAGGAGUGGCAGAAAUGUCCUUUUUUCCAAAUCAGCAAAUCAGGAAAACUUGGUUAACUACUUCUUUUAGUGACCUUGAUUAUACAGAGUCCACAGAGAGGUGGAGCGCAAGAUGGCUGAGAAACUGACCCAGGCUGAGCCCUCCAGACGGGAAGGUGGUGGGCGUGGGAUGGGGAGGCACUGCUACUGUCUCCAGCUAACUAUUAAGCUAUAAAGAAAACAGUGUCAGACUCAUUUGGCAUCUUGCAGCAAGACAAUGGUCAAUGGUUCUUGUGACAAGAGGAAUUCUCCAGUGAGAUUAGUUUAAGACUGAAACAGGUUGCCCAGCCUUCCUAGACAAAGCCCUAAGCACACCAUGCUGUAAGGAGGGAAUUGGGCUUUCUAAAUGACAAGUCUGAAAUUCUAAAUGGACCUGUUGCCACACAAGACUGUAUGACUGACAGCAGCAGGCAUCUCAGAUCCUAAUACAGCUGACAGUUUGUGGAUACAGACUGGGAGAUGCUGGACUGUAAAUCGAAGUAAAAGUUCCCAUUGGACAUUGCUAAUGAUACUGUCCCACUAAUGACAGAGCUCUUUAAGGGCACAGGUAUGUGCCACUACCAAGUAGAUAAAGGAAUGAAAGCAUGACACUAAUGUAGAAAUUUUAAAAAGCAUACUUGCUCUCACACACACUUCUCUCUGUCAGACACCAGUGUCAGGUUAUCACUGCCUUCAGAUGAGCCUUCAGUAGGAAGGUUCUAGUAUAUUGCAACAACAUAUGCAAUGCAGAAGCUGAAACUGUGAAACUGAAACUGUGAAAGAGAAAUGAGCAAAUGGUUUUCCUGUUUGCUUUGGUUUCCAUCUGGCCCUUCAGCAAAAGUCACUACUUAGCACUAUUUCCAGAUAGAGGUUGGAAAAAAUGCGGCUUCUGUACCCUUACACCGACCAAGGAAGCAAUAUAAUUCAACUUACCCAUCACCCCAUCACAUUAAGGACUAAAAUCCAACUUGUGUCUCAAUUUCACAAAAUAUUUUCAUACAAGGCUUCAAGGUGCCAGAAAAAAAAA